CAGAGAGAGCCGUCUCCUUUCUGACGUCACGACCGCCGGACCAUUGCCCGGAAGACUGGCGUGGAAUCCGUGAGAGUUAGUUAUAAUGGCAGGUGAAGAAAUUAAUGAAGACUAUCCAGUAGAAAUUCAUGAAUAUUUAUCCACAUUUGAGAAUUCUAUUGGUGCUGUGGAUGAGAUGUUGAAGACUAUGAUGUCUGUUUCUAGAAAUGAGUUGUUACAGAAGUUGGACCCACUGGAACAAGCAAAAGUGGACUUAGUUUCUGCUUACACAUUAAAUUCAAUGUUUUGGGUUUAUUUGGCUACUCAGGGAGUCAAUCCCAAGGAACAUCCAGUGAAACAAGAAUUGGAAAGAAUCAGAGUGUAUAUGAACAGAGUCAAGGAGAUAACAGACAAGAAAAAGGCUGGCAAACUGGAUAAAGGUGCAGCUUCAAGAUUUGUAAAAAAUGCUCUCUGGGAACCCAAGCCUAAACAUGCAUCAAAAGGUGCCAAUAAAGGAAAAAGUAAAAAGUAACUUUUUUGACUUGGAUGUUGACAUACUUAGAUUCACAUGUGAUUGUGCAAGAUUUAAAUAUAUUCCCAAUUGAAUUCCUGUAUAAAAUUUACAUUUUAAAUUUGUAAUGCUAAAAUAUAUAUUCUUUUCUUCAGAAAGAUUGUUAUCUUGAGUUUCCUGAAGAAUAUUAUGAAAUUUUUAGCAUUGUGGUAUAUUUUUAGUCUUAAUUUACCGUGUCUCUUGGCAAAACUUACUUUGUUAUAUAGGUCAAUUUUCAAAUACCAUUUUAUAAGCAACUAUGAAAUUUUAGUUAAAUGUUCUUUGUAAACAUUUGUCUGUUUUAAAUGAACAAUGGCUCUAUGAAGUUUGCUAUCUGAAGACUGAUGUUACAAAUAUGUAUCCUCACUGUAUUAAUAAAGAUAUAUUUCAAUAUCA